GAUAAGACAGAGAGAAGACAGAUAGCCAUGGUGUCCGCUGUGGCUGCAGUCCCUGGUGAGGACAGCUCCAAGCUAUCUCCUUGUUUCAGUUUCAUUGCAUUCACAGAAUCACUGGGGAACUAAAGAGGCAACAAAGGUGAGUGAUGGGUUUUAAGCCAGGUGAGGCAUUUGUCUCUGCACAGGAAAAAUCUAAUCUUGCCAAUACUUCAGACGGUGGAUUUGUGUAUCGCUAAACUAUAACUUUUGUUACUGUGUUGAAUUAUUUAAAAAGCAAAGGAUCAACUGGAGGAAUCAAAUUGCCCGAGAAGCAAACUUUGUGAUGGGAUUUCAGUUGAUCUCAACACAAAGACGUUUGGGCGUAGGAGGUGAGGGAGAAGUAAGACUACCGUAGAGCUCCGGGUGUGGGGAGCGAGCGAGGGGUCGCCUUUCCCCUCUGAGGCAUACAGAUGGCGGGGCGGGCCCGCGGAGGACUUGGCGUCGCGCCGCUGACGACUAAACAGCCCAUUCGGCUCAGACGCGCGGUGACGUGCUCAGGAUUUCAACAGCCGCCUGAAACGCUGGAUCCUCGAAGCGGGGCAGGCCCGGUCUCGCCCAGGCUCAGACUUAAACUCUAGAAAAGGGGGAGAGGCCAACACUCAACACUGAAUCCCUGCUGCACUCACAAACCCUCCCCCCCCCGGAGGCAUCGAGACGCCCCACUCGCCUGCUCGGGGGUUCCACCCAGCAUCCAGUUUCAGAUUUAAAAUCUUUAAAACUAAAUAGACUAAACCUAAAGCUUUACUAGAUAGAAACUGUAACAAGUAAGAAUCCCAAUCGAAUGUGAACAAAGGCUGUGUUGUGUGUAUUUGUGUUCUAUAUUUCAGAGCCUUUCUGCAAGGAAAAUCCCAUGUGUUCUGUCCUUCAUUCCACCGGAGUCUGUCUGUUUCACACCAGAUUUCAGUGGUGUGAAGUGUAAGAGACAUGGGGAUACUGCUUCUCAAGCUUGUUCCCCUUGAUUCAAUUAUUCAUCUUUUUGACAAAUGAUACUGUUGUGAUGUAUGGUACUAUAUAUUCUAAUGGAUUUUCCCUGCUAUUUUGUACAAGAUAUAUUUUGCAUGUAUUUCCAUUAAUAAGACAUUGUACUGCGCAACUCACUAAUAUGAAUAAAUAUCUUGACCUUUUGUCCAGUUCUUUAUUUCAACAUCUCAAAUAAUUACGGAGCCAUUAUACCACCCACACGCCGUGGCUGACAUUAGCAAAGAUGUAGAUUUUCAGACUCAGCCCACACAAACAACCUUUACUGUUUGGCAAAUUAAGCUUAUUAAAAAUGUAAAACACGCCCACAGUGUAGCCAACACAAUAAUGCUAUUUAACGUGUUUCUCCCAGCUAGAGAGAGAACUGCAGCAGCACACAUCAAAAUGUGAGAGAGAAAAACAUAUUCACCUCAUAUAUAACAUAUAACCUUCUUAGUUAAAUGUUAGAAGAUGUGAGAUGUGAUAGUGUGAUAGCAAAAGAGGUUUUCCAUUAUAUAUUGUGGCGCAUAGGUAACAGGAAUGAACGUUACAACGUGAAUAGCUGUAUUAUCACAAACAAUUCUCAAAAUAUGUAUAAUAAUGAUUUGCAAUACAUGUCAUCUUAUAUCUAUAUUUGUCUACAUAUAUAUUCAUUGCAAUAUCACACUACUAAAACCGUUAAUGUGAUUAAAAAUGCUGCUUUUUCCUAUAAUUGUAGAUUGAAUAUCUAUACUAAAAAAGUGGUUUGAAACUCAUUUACGGGUUUUUGUUAUAAUUGACAUGCAAUAUUUGACUAAUCAAAGAUUUUCUGAUGCUAUCAUUUACAAAUUGUGUUCCUUAAUUCAAAACACAACGACAUGUAUCUAUCCCGCAUGGUGAUUGGCUGAUUCAGCGAAUCAAAGAAUAAUACUUUGUACUAUUCAAAACAUUCUAGAACUUGUAUUUCAAAGUUUUAAAAAUAAACCUCAUAUACUUUGGGCAGCACGUAUUGAGUCUACACUUCUUCAGCGGACAUGAAAGUUUGGAGUUUAUUUUUCCUCGUCUUUCUGCUUCUGAGUCCAACCCUCGGAGAGGACACAGUUGCAGAUGACAUUGGUGCCCAUCAGCUGAAGCGCUUGGUGGAGUUGCUGACGUCCAAGGAGUGCGAGGACCUUCUGUCCGUCCUCUCCCGCCCCGAGGAAAACAUCUUUCAGCGCGUUGAGCGUCUCUCCCCGGAAACGAAUCAGCUAGAACCUCGAGCCUCGAAACCGCGAGCCAAGAGAGAAGCCUCAACCGCUGCAGGCGAUGAGGCUCGGUGCCGCGCGGGCCUGACGGACUGGAUGCUCAGGCACGGCGAGCAGACCUACUAUGACAGGCUCGCUCGCGCCUUGCAGCACAUCGGCAGAACUGAUGUGGCCGUUGAAGUGGGGAAGAACAUCAACCAGGACAAAGUCCUGAAGAUUAAACGCUACGUUGAAGAUUACCACGAAUAUGUGAAGUCUUUAAACAUCCCGCUGGAACAACCAGCCUCAGAUGACCGACAGCAUGACGCCCACACGGUCAGAAAAAGAAGAGUAAGGCACCUGACAUCCCGUGACCUGGAUCUGGUUGUGGAGCGGUCUCCUGUACCCGUGUACCAGAAGGGAAUUUCGGUUGUAGCUCUGCCCCUUUUGUGGGGCAUCCUGCUGGGCUUCGGAGGGACCUUGAUUUUUGGAACCUCUAUAGUUCUCGCCGUCGUGCACAUCUGGCAUGGAAACCAGCAGAUCCGUCAACCCAGGGACCUGCAGGACGUUUUCUGCAGGACUUGCAGAACAUGCAGGUCCUUGCAGGUGGUAGGCUGCGAUGUAAGCAGCUUAGAGGGUUUAAUGGAAUGAGGAAUACUUGAUGAACUGUUAAGUAAAGGAAAAAAAUACUUAUAUUUCUUUGUGAGGCGUCUCUUUCAUGCUUUCAUGGCUCUUGUUUUCCGACAAUGGAGCAAAAAACCUAAUAUCGAUUCCACCGCACAACUACUAAUUACGACAAACAAGACAAAUAAUUCCAUUUCAUAUGAAGUAAUUAUCCCUGCUGUGUAUUCCUACACUGCUAAGCAUUAUUGCCUUGCCAGUGGGUAGAUGACUAGUGUGACAGAUGCGCUGGAACCCGGCCCUCACACCAAAGGUUGUUCCGGUGUUACUGUGAUAGUGAUGCCACUUUCCAUUUCCCCUGCAAGUGACGGCAACGUGCCCGUCUGGCAUCGAAGAACAACUAAUUAUCCAGCCUGGCUUCUGCUUCCCCCGGAGCCUGCCGAUACCUCCGCAGGCAAUCCAAAAGACUAAUAACAAUGACAAUGCUCGCAGACAACAGAGCAGUCUUGGCGAUGUGAUGGCAGCUGCUGGCAGGUGACAGAAGCCAAGUAUAAAAAUAAAAAAACACAGGGCGAUGCUUUG